AUGAGGGGGCUGGCUCGAAGUUCUCAUCUGUUUGCUGUGAUUCUUCUUCUCUGUAUUCAUGUAUCUUCCCAAUCGGUGCCGGGUUAUUACAAAAGUUCUAUGUUCGCAGUUAGAAAAGCAGAUGAACUUUUACCUUACACGUCCCCAACUGCAGCACCUCAGCCUUUUCUUCCUCUUCUUGCACCAUCUCCAUUGACGCCAUUCACAAACAGCACAGUCCCCCGAUUAUCCGGACACUGCCCACUGAAUUUCACAGCCCUCUCGGGCAUGAUGACUGUCACGUCCACCAAUUGCAUGGCCGCAUUUGCCCCUCUCCUUGCCAAUGUGGUCUGCUGCCCCCAGCUGGAGGCUACCCUGGCCAUCCUCGUGGGCCAGUCGAGCAAGAAAACAGGCACCCUCGCCCUUAAUGGGUCCACCGCGGCCCACUGCCUCUCGGACUUCGAGCGGGCGCUCGCGGGCCAGGGAGCUAACGAGGACCUGUCUCGAAUAUGCUCCGUUCGGGCCUCGAAUCUAACCGAAGGCUCGUGCCCAGUCACUGAUGUGGCCGAGUUUGAAGGCACGGUGGACUCCUCGAGCCUCCUGGCUGCUUGCGGAAAGAUUGACAGCGUGAAUGAGUGCUGUGAGCAGGUCUGCCAGAAUGCGGUUCUGGAUGCUUCUAGAAAGCUGGCCCAGAAGGCCUAUACUUUGUUGAAAGUGGAUGGUGGGUCCCAUGCACUGGCUGACCUGUCGACUCGGGUUAGCGACUGUAAGAACAUCGUGCUCCGGUGGCUCGGGAGCAAGCUCGAGGUUAAUGGGGCGAAGGAGGUUCUUCGGGGGCUGUCUAAUUGCAGAAUUAAUAAAGUUUGUCCUCUGAAUUUUCCAAGCAUAAGGCAUGUCAUAGAAGGGUGUGAUCCUGGGAGAAACAACCAAUCAGCAUGUUGCAGUUCAGUCGAUAGCUAUGUUUCUCACCUGCAAAGGCAGAGCUUUGUCACGAACUUGCAGGCCUUGAAUUGUGCUGCAUCACUCGGAGUAAAACUGCGGAGAGCAAAUAUUACCGAAAAUGUCUACACUCAGUGUCGUAUUAGCCUCAAGGACUUCUCCCUCCAAGUUGGUACUCAGGAAUCGGGAUGCCUUCUUCCAAGCUUGCCAUCAGAUGUCGUGUUCGACAAAUCUGCAGGGGUGAGCUUCCUCUGUGAUUUGAACGAUAAUAUCCCAGCUCCUUGGCCUGCAACCACUCAGUUGCCAUCUUCAUCAUGCAACAAAUCCGUCAAGAUUCCUGCCCUUCCAGCAGCUGCUUCCGGGCAAAGCUGUUCUUACAAAAUUGACGUGAGAUAUUUACUGUGUUUGAUGGUCUGUGGAGCCCUCUUCUUCAUCACAAUAAUGUAG